AUGAAUCAACUCCGCCCCCGGGGAAAAGAGGCCGAGGCGGAGAAGUCCGGCGAUGAGAAGAGCGGGAACCAAGCGCAACAACAACAACAACAACAACAACAACAACAACAACAAGAAAAAGAUAACAACAACAAGACGACAACAAUAACGACGACGCGUUUGCGGAAGAGCAAAUCUCUCUCCAACCUCAUGCAACAACAACAACAACAACAACAAUUUCAGAAACAACAGAAACAGAAACGAGGAGAGACCGUUGUUAUCCAAAACGAGGGAGGAGAAGAAAAUUCGAGGAUGAAAUUGGCUUUAAAAGAUUUCGAGGAAGACGCGGAACGACGGGAGCAUAAAAUACGAGAGUACGAAGAAGAAGAAGAAAAAGAAGAAAAAGAAGAAUUUGAACUCAAAACCACGAAGAAGAAGGGUGUUUCGGAUGAUGAUGAUGAUUUCGAGGAGGAAGGCGGAGAGAAACCGAUGAAACGCGUGGCGUCGAUGAAAGCGAUGAUGAUGACGGAGGAGGAAGAGGAGGAUUUUGGCGGGAGGAAGAAAACGCCGCCCGGGUCGCCGCUGAGAAGAACGAAUAAUAAAUUGGGAGGGAGCGUCGUCGGGGGGUUGAGGAAGACGGCUACGAUUCAUUCGCACGCGUCGGUUUUAGAUUUGAUGCAGAUUAGCGAGACGAGGGAGGAGGAAGAUCGAGCCGGGAAGUUGUUGGGACGGUUACACAUAUCUUCGCAAGAGGAGGUGGAGAAAUUGGAGGUUAAAGAAGGAGUAAAAGGAACGGCCGCCGCGCAAACGCAAACGCAAACGCAAACGGUAAAAGAGGACGAUUCGAAUUUAGUCUCCGCGGCGGGUUUGUCCAAAGACUAUAAAGAAGCCGAAUACGACGACUCGUUGAGAGAGGUUAUCAUUUCGCCGUCUUCGUCGUUCCCGAAAGAUUUCACCGUUUUGAGAGAGCUCGGGAAAGGUUUGUGCGGGACGGUGUAUUUAGCUCGUUUGCACGAUACGAAACAGUUGUUGGCGUUUAAAGUGAUGCAAAAGUCCAAAUUGGUUUCCGUCGGUGAGGAAAAACACGCCGCGUACGAAAGGCAUGUUCACAUGGACGUAUCCAACGGCCCAUUCAUAGCUACUUUGUUUCACUCGUACGACGAUCCGACCGCGUAUUAUUUGCUCACAGAGUACGCACCGUGCGGGGAUUUGUUUCAGUGUUUAGUCUAUCACGGAUUACCGUCUCUUUCAGACGCAAAGGUGUACAUCUCGCAAGUCUCUGCGGCCAUUGCCUAUUUACACGUGAAAAAAUACGUCUACAGAGAUUUAAAACCAGAGAACAUUUUGUUGCGAGCAAACGGCGACGUGUGUUUAGCCGAUUUUGGUAUGGCUAAGAAAUUAGAAAGAGAAGACGAGCGCGCGUACUCGUUCUGCGGGACGAGUCAGUACAUGUCCCCGGAAGUCAUGAGCAAAAAAGGCUGUAGAUUCGAAGCCGAUUUGUGGAGUUUGGGAGUUUUGAUUUAUGAAUUAUGCUCGGGAGCGACGCCGUACGCGAACGUCCGAGGAAACCACAUUGAGUUAUACGAAGCCGUGACUAGCGUAGACGCAAACGGUGGCGUCUGGUGUCCGCACUGGUUCGACGCCGAUACCGUGGACAUUGUUCGAAAACUUCUACGAUUAGACGAGUUAGCUAGACUAGGCGCCGGAGGCGGUGACGCGAUGGACGCGUAUUUUUCGCACCCGUGGUUUCACAACGGCGAAUUUAAGUGCGAUUUGAAAAACGUGUUGCGAGGCGAAGUGACGCCGGCGCUCAAACCGAGGAAACGGAACAUCGUGUACGAUUUAAGAUUGCAAAAUCAGUUGGAGUGCGGAAACGUGCCGUGGUUGAGCGACGAAAAAGAAAAAUUUGUCGACGUGCGUUAA